GAUCGUGUAUAUAAUUUUUGUGGAGAGAAGAUAGGCAUUUUAUACAUAACUUUGUCUGUCUGAUCAUCAAUCAAAUUCACAUACCAACUAGUAACUACCCCCAAAACCCUAGAAUUUCUCCUCUCCGUUCCUUCAAUUUUGUUGUAUAUAACCAACUCAAUUAGCUUCCUCUCUUUUCUCAUUAUCCUUUCAUGCCGGCUAUGACUGCCACGUGCUCUCCCAGCUCGCUCCAGCUACGCUUCGCUCUCAAUCCCGGCAACUCCAGGAGACCCCCUCCUACUGUCCUUCUUCUACGGACCCAUGUAUGGAACCAGAGUCCUUUGCCUUGCCUGCUUUGGGAUAGGAGUGGGACUCGACUUGAACGACGUUGUUAUGGGAUUUCGUCGAUCAGGUCGGAUUCUAGCGUUGAUGGCUUUUCGGGAUGGUCUGGUACUGACGCUGGAGAACAAUCACUUGACUCGGAUAAGAAGAAAUGGUUUGGAGGGGCAGUGGGAGCAGGAUUAGCGGGAGUCGUUCUUGUUGCUGGGCUUACUUUUUCAGCAUUAUCUUUGGGAAAACGAAGCAUUUCCAGGGAAAAACACAUGGAGCCCUUGACAACGGAGCAGGAACUGUCAUUGUUGGCUGAUGAAAAACUUGGUAACAGUUUGGCAGAUGAAAUUGAAGACGACACUACGAAGCAAGACGCAAGUAGUCCAGAGGGUGGGACAGGUACUUAUAAGGAUUUUCCUUCAUCUUCUGAACUUGUUGAUGUUCCCAGUGAAAAUAGAGUUGGUGAUGAUUCUGUUAUCAGGGAUUUGUCUGUAGAUGAUGUAAAAAACACAUCUGAUGGUAUUGAUACCAUCAACAAUUCUUCCAUUCAAGAAGAUUCUCAACAUGAAUCAACUUCUAAUGAUAAGUCAGUUGAUGCUGACACUGUCCCAACUUCUAAUGAUAAGUCAGUUGAUGCUGACACUGUCCCAACUUCAUAUAAUCUGUAUGAAUCUGAAAUUGGCGAUGAUUCAUCUACCGUUUCUGGUUUUAAUGAGUUGGACAGUAACGCUGCUGUAGGUAUAGCACAAUCAAUUUCUGAUAUCAAAGAGAACCUGGUCAAUGUCGAAUCAAACAACUUUCUCGUUUCCGAUGAUGUUCCAUCAAACUUUAGCCUGGAUAAGGAUACAAUUCCUAGUUCAAGCAAUGAUCAAACUUUCGAUCAUAGUUCAGUUGGCCAUGUACCAUUUGAACCCGUGGCUCCUAAUGUGCCAUUUGGUUCUCAAUCAAACACAAUUUUGGAACAGCAUGCUGCUUCCAAAUCCAACAUAGCUACCUUAGCCUCAUCUUCAACCAAUGAAAAUUUUGAGUUGAGUGAUAUCUCUCAGGUUUCAGUUGAGGAAAAUAGUUUAAUCUUGGGAAUGCAUAGCGUAAAUGAAGGUCAUAAUGAAAUUAAUGGAAGCACAUCAGAAUCACCAAAACCUACGACUUCCUUCUCUUCUGCUGGCAUACCUGCUCCAUCUGUGGUUUUCUCAGCUCUACAGGUGCUUCCUGGAAAGGUGUUGGUUCCUGCAGUUGUUGAUCAGGUUCAAGGGCAGGCACUAGCAGCAUUGCAAGUGUUAAAGGUCAUUGAGGCUGAUGUUCAACCUAGUGAUUUGUGUACACGUCGUGAAUAUGCUCGUUGGUUAGUGUCUGCUAGUAAUGCUCUCUCAAGGAACACAAUUUCUAAAGUAUAUCCUGCAAUGUACAUAGAAAAUGUAACUGAACUUGCAUUUGAUGAUAUUACCCCUCAAGACCCUGAUUUUGCAUCCAUCCAAGGUUUGGCAGAAGCUGGACUUAUAUCAAGCAAGCUUUCUAGAGGUGAUAUGCUUUCUUCUGUAGAUGAAGACCAGAGUCCAUACUUCUUCUCUCCUGAAAGCCCUUUAUCUCGUCAAGAUCUUGUAAGUUGGAAGAUGGCCCUAGAGAAAAGACAUCUGCCAGAAGCUGACAGAAAGGCACUCUAUCAAGUUUCUGGAUUUAUAGACACUGAUAAAAUACAUCCAGAUGCAUGUCCUGCCCUUGUUGCUGACCUGUCUGCUGGAGAACAGGGGAUUAUUGCUCUCUCAUUUGGCUACACAAGACUUUUCCAGCCAGAUAAGCCAGUGACAAAGGCCCAGGCUGCUAUUGCUCUAGCUACUGGUGAAGCUUCUGACACAGUCAGUGAGGAGCUUGCUCGUAUCGAAGCAGAAUCUAUGGCAGAAAAUGCUGUAUCUGCUCAUACAGCUUUAGUAGCUGAAGUUGAGAAGGAUAUUAAUGCAAGUUUUGAGAAAGAGCUUUUGCUAGAGAGGGAAAAGAUAGAUGCAGUGGAGAAAAUGGCAGAAGAAGCAACACGUGAAUUGGAAAGGUUAAGAGCUGAGAGAGAGAAAGACAAUAUUACUCUUUUGAAGGAGCGUGCAGCUAUUGAAUCAGAAAUGGAAGUGUUGUCAAGAUUAAGACAUGAGGUGGAGGAACAGUUGCAGAGCCUUAUGAGUAACAAAGUAGAAAUAUCAUAUGAGAAGGAAAGAAUUACCAAACUGAGGAAAAACGCAGAAGUUGAAAGCGAGGAAAUUGUACGCUUACAACAUGAUCUAGAGGUUGAGAGAAAAGCUUUGUCCAUGGCCAGGGCUUGGGCUGAAGAUGAGGCAAGAAGAGCAAGAGAACAAGCUAAAGUACUUGAGGAGGCUAGAGAUCGAUGGGAGAAACGUGGCAUCAAGGUCGUUGUUGACAAUGACCUCCGUGAAGAGUCCAUUGCUGGAGCUACCUGGGUUGAUGCCAGCAAGCAAUUCUCGGUUGAUGAAACUGUUGGCAGGGCCGAAAACUUGAUGAACAAGCUCAAGGCAAUGGCAGUAGGCGUAAGAGAGAAAUCCAGAGAUACACUUGAUAGAAUCAUACAAACAAUAGCCUUGUUGGUAUCAAAUUUGAAGGAAUGGGCCUGCAAAGCUGGAAGAAGGGCUGAAGAUCUAAGGGAUGGUGCCAUUUCUAUGGCUAAUGGAUCAGCACAAAAGUUGCAGCAGAGCACCUCCGAGUUUGGCUUGGUCAUUAAAGAUGGUGCAAAGCGAGUUGCGGGAGAUUGUAGGGAAGGGGUGGAGAAACUCACCCAAAAGUUCAAGACAUGAUUUUAAUAAUUUAGAUUUAGUUGUAUCUUUUCCAUUCUUGCUUCCCCUUUAAUAAUUUAAAAAUGAGGUGACGAUGAGCUAUACUAACAAGUUAAGGUAUGAUAUUGCUCUCUGUAUUUCCUUUUUUUUAUUUACCCAUUUACCUAUGUAAGGUGGCAUUGCCCCCAACAGAAUACUGAGAUCUGUAUUUAAAGCAGUUCCAAAGAACUGAUAUUGGGAGAGCGCAAUGCAUUUUUGAAAGUCAUUCAUAUAUGGCAAAUUAUUCA